AUGGCGUCUUCUACUGAUCUGAGAGCUGAGCUGGACUGCUCCAUCUGUCUGCAGACCUAUACAGAUCCUGUAAUGCUGAGAUGUGGACACAACUUCUGCCGGGUCUGUAUUGAUCGUGCACUAGAUACACAGGACAAGUCUGGGGUUUAUACCUGUCCUGAAUGCAGAGAAGAGUUUCAGGAGCGGCCUGCACUGAUGAGGAACUUAGCUCUGCGUAACAUUAUGGAGAAUUUCCUGUUUGCUCAACCAAAAGUGACGGAAACUGGGAUCUUGUGCACUUACUGUGUGGACUCUCCUGUACCUGCUGUUAAAUCCUGUCUGAUGUGUGAGGCUUCUCUGUGUGAGAAACACCUGAGAGUUCACAGCAAGUCAUCCGAACACGUCUUAUCUGACCCCAGCACUUCCCUAGAGAACAGGAAAUGUUCUGUCCAUAAGAAGAUCCUGGAGUAUUACUGCACUGAGGACUCUGCUUGUAUCUGUGUGUCCUGCAGUUUGGUUGGAAAACACCGGGGACAUCAGGUGGAGAUGCUGUAUGAGGCUUCUGAGAAGAAGCAGAACAGAUUAAAAAAUGUUCUCCAAAAACUGACCAGAAAGACAGAGGAGACUGAGGAAAGAGUUGAGAGACUGGCAGAGUGCAGGAGAAAAGCUCAAGAAAAAGCAUCUGGAAAAGCAGAAACAGUCAUUGCCCUGUUUAUAGAGAUCAGGAGACAACUGGACAACCUGGAGAAGAGGAUCCUGAGUGAGAUUUCCAGGCAGGAAAAGGAAGAGUCACUCUCACUCUCUGCUCUGAUCCAGAAACUUGAAAUAAAAAAGGACGAGCUGUCCAGGAGGAUGAGACAUAUUGAAAUGCUGUGUAACAUGACUGAUCCAUUGAAUGUCUUACAGGAACCAGACACAGGUGACUUGUGUGAUCCUGAGGAGGAAGGAGAUGAUGAAGACAUAAAUAGAUGUCUCCAUGAUGUAGAUGAUCUGGAUGUGGCUGUGAUCUCGGACAAAUUACACACAUUAGGUGACAUAAUAACAGAUAUAAGGAGAGGAAUCUAUGUGGAGGGUCCUAGAGACAUAUUACUGGAUGUAAACACAGCUGCUAAUAACAUCCUUGUAUCGGAUGACCUGAAAACUGCAAUCUGGAAACAUGAAUACCGGCAUUGUCCAAAAACAGCAGAGAGAUUCCAGAAUAAUCAGGUGAUGAGCAGCAGGGGAUUUACCUCAGGGCGACAUUACUGGGAUGUGGAGAUUAGUAGAUCAGUGAUGUGUAGGGUGGGGAUGUGUUAUCCCAGUAUAGAUCGGUGGAACCGUGAUUCAUAUAUUGGGGAGAAUAACAAGUCCUGGAGUUUGAUGAGGUAUUCCAGUCAGUAUUUGGUGAUGCAUGAUCUUAAAAUGAUGCAGUUAACUGACGAGAUCUCCAGUAAUAGAGUCAGGAUAUGUCUGGACUAUGAGGCCGGGCAGCUGUCCUUUUAUGAGCUGUGUGACCCCAUCAGACACUUGCACACCUUCUCAGCCACCUUCACCGAGCCCCUUCAUGCUGCUCUAUGGCUAAACAAUGGUCGUUUGACAACUGAAAAAUAA